AUGGCCUCAAAUCGACAACGUGCGGCCGAGAAGGCUUUGCACGAUCAAACGAAUAUUCUCCCGUUCAAGAAGCUCAUGGUUGUGUUCUCAGGGUUGGCUACGUCGUUGCUAAUUACGAUGUCAGACCAGAAUGGUAUUAGUGUGACAUUACCGACUAUUGCACGCGACCUGGGGGCCGAAGAUACUAUUUCCUGGGCUGGUACCUCAUCGUUGAUCGCCAACACAAUGUUCACUGUGCUGUAUGGUCGACUAUCUGAUAUCUUUGGCCGCAAGGCUAUCUAUAUCUCCGCCUUGGUGUUACUAUGUCUUGCGGAUCUAUGCUGCGGUUUAUCAGUAAGCCCGGCUAUGUUCUAUGUUUUCCGAGGUUUGGCCGGUGUUGCUGGUGGUGGUGUCACAUCUCUGACUAUGAUUAUUGUCUCCGAUGUUGUCACUCUCGAACAGCGUGGAAAAUAUCAGGGUAUUUUAGGUGCUGCACUCGGUAUUGGAAAUGUGAUCGGACCAUUCAUUGCGGCUGCAUUUAUCAUGGAUUCAACAUGGCGUGGCUUUUUCUGGCUCAUUUCGCCAUUGGCUGCUUGCUCCGCUGUGGUUGGAUACUUUCUCAUUCCGAAUAAUGCCAAGAAGAGUGACUUCUGGCAAAAUAUCAAGCGUAUUGACUGGUGGGGCGUGCUUGCCUCUUCAAUCGGUAUCAUCUUUUUGUUGAUUCCUAUCUCUGGUGGUGGUUCUUACUUCCAGUGGGACUCUGCGAUGGUCAUCAGCAUGCUUGUGAUUGGAGGAUUGUCUUUCAUUACUUUCGUCUUUAUUGAAUGGAAGGUGGCUUCGCUGCCUAUGUUGCCGAUGGUUUUCUUCAAGAACCGAGUCAUUGUUGCUCUCUUCUUGCAGAGCUUCUUAUUAGGAGCGGUUUAUCAGGCAUAUCUCUACUACUUGCCUCUUUACUACCAAAACGGACGUGGCUGGGAUCCUAUUGUCUCAGCUGCAUUGACAGCUCCUAUGGUUACCUGCCAGUCGAUUGCAUCCGUCUGCUCGGGACAAUACAUUUCUCGAAUCAAGCGCUAUGGCGAGAUUAUCUGGGUUGGAUUUGGACUCUGGACACUGGGCGCCGGUCUGAUGCUACUCUUCGGUCGCCACACCCACCCAGCCGUCAUCGCCGUCAUCGUCGGUAUUACCGGUAUCGGAAUUGGCUUCACCUUCCAGCCAACACUUGUCGCCCUACAAGCCCACUGCACCAAAUCUCAACGUGCCGUCUCGAUCUCCAACCGCAAUUUCUUCCGUUGUAUGGGCGGAUCCGUUGGCCUUGCUGUUUCGGCCGCACUUUUACAGGCAACUCUCCGCUCGAAUCUGCCUAGCCAACUUUCCUACCUCGCAGACUCGUCCUAUUCAAUCCCUUCCGAGUCAAGCGUCAGCGCGGAGGAGUGGAAUGAGAUUCUGUCUUCAUACUCAAAGGCAUCGCAUUCCGUUUUCAUUCUUCAGGUUCCCCUGAUUGGCGUGUGUUUCCUCGCAUGCGCUCUCGUCCGCGAUCGGGGCCUUGAGCGAGUCAAGGAUCCCGAGGAGAUUGAGGAGGAGAAGCGAAAGGCCGAGGAAGCUACUAGGGAUGCCGAGGCUGCUCUUCAUGAAGUUGAUGAGUCUGAGAAUCACGAGGCCGAGGAAAAUGUCGAGAAGCGUCAUUCGAUGUCAUCGACCCUUGCGGAAUCUUCCAUGCCUCCAUCUCGUGCUGAGCCCGAGCUUGCUAAUCUGGAAGAAAAGCAAAGUGCUGAACAAAAAUAG